AUGUCUACUCUGCCUAGUCAUGAUCAUACGUCCAGUUCCACUCCCUCCUUAGACGGCAGAGGGGGUGCAAUGAAUCCAGUUGGUUUGAUAGCGCUACGGGCGACGAACGAGAAAGAUGUGUUGGCACGAACGGAACUUGCGCAGAGACACAGCAAGACACUGUCUGAUCUUGCGGAAGCGAAAUCGAAGAUAGCCCACUUGGAGUUGCAAUUGAAAAUAUCGCAGGAAGCGCAGCCUGACAAGAAAAUGGCAUCUGAUCAUACGUCCAGUUCCACUCCCUCUUCAGACGGCAAAGGAGGUACAGAUUCAGCAGCAAAGGGAAGAAAGUCAACGAAAAGAAUGGGUUCUGGCUAUAGCGCAUUCGAAUCAAAUCACCAUCUCUACAAGAACAAUCGUUUCAUUGGUCGCGUUCCAGCGAAGUCUUUUCCCCCUCCUCAUACCGUAGCGUCUAUCAAGCUGUUCUUGUGCGAACUGGAGCACCUUUCGGAGCCCGACAAGGCGCUUGUCUUCACACCGCUCUCAAGCCCAGCACCCAAAGAAGAUUCUGCCCGCCUCUCUUUGAGUGCUCCUUCCGGACCAGGCCUGUCUGAACAAGAUCCGAUUGCGUUGGUGGUCAAGUCGGAGAAGAGGACCAAGGAGGUCUCGCAAUCAGAGAAACUGCCGGAACGCUCUGAUGAUACCGAUAUACAUUACGGCAAGUUUUGCCAACGUCUCUUACUCAUAUAUUCGUUAGGACGCAUCAACACCCUCUCCAUCGCUCCCCCUCACACUGCUGGGUCUCUGAAAGCGUGUAUCGCACAAGUUGAAGACCUCGUAAUACCGAAUCAUCGACUACACAAGUACAUGGAACUCUUCCAAGACAUAAAUAGUGAUGCUGCUAUGAGCGAUAGCGAUGUCAUAUCCUUCCAAAGCGACACUUAUCCAGGUAGCGAUGAAGGUGAUCCCGUAGUCCUUGUCAAUGCAACCGCCAAUACAGUACUGCCAGAUCCCGCCGCAGACUACAAUAAAUAUGAUUCCGCCUGGCUAUCAACAACCAAAGUGUCUUGGGCAGGAUACAUGGCGAUCAAUUCCAAGGGUGAAAAAGGCUUUGUGCACCAGAUUUAUAUUACUUUGAUUGAUCGCUGA